AAAAGAGUUGAAGGGGUCAAAACGAGAGAAAGUGUAAAUCCAUUCUCCCGCGCUCAAAACGAGACAAACACAAACCUGAAAGGGAGUGAGUGAGGAGGGGGGAGAGAGUACGUGAGAGACAACCCAAACCCUGUGGUACUCUCACUGAACCUUUUUGUCAACUAUAGCUCAGACACCCCACCCCCUCUUUCCCUUUCUCUCUCUCUCUCUCUCUCUCUCUCUCCACUAAAAAUGGCUCUUGCGUUUCCCCUCCCACCACUACCAGCUUCUUGGGCCUGAAACCACUCCAAAGGUCUCACCUUUCAGAGCUCUUUGGGAUCAGCAAUGGAAGAAGCCCAGAGUGAUGAUUACAAGAACAGAGAGAGGGUGGCUCUAGUCACAAUCUUAGUUUUUGCUUCCCUUGCCAUUGCCUCUUUGCUUCUGGCCUUCAGCUACUACUGCUACCUCCGCAGCAAAGUCUCUGCCCAGCGCCUCAACAACCGGAAAAUUAAGGAGGGUGAUUGUGAAGAUAAAGGAAGCGGGAUUUCGAGUCUUAAAGUUACUGCUGAAAAGGGGCCUCAGAUUUUCACCUUCAAGCAGCUGCAUUCAGCAACUGGCGGUUUUGGGAAGUCGAACGUGAUUGGACAUGGCGCUUUUGGGUCGGUGUACAGGGGAGUGCUCCAAGAUGGGAAGAAGGUUGCGGUUAAGCUGAUGGAUCAGGCUGGAAAGCAGGGGGAGGAGGAAUUUGAAAUGGAGGUGGAGUUGCUGAGCCGGUUGCGUUCACCCUAUUUGCUGUCACUGAUUGGCUACUGCUCAGACAGCCACCAUAAGUUGCUUGUUUACGAGUUCAUGGCGAACGGUGGCUUACAGGAACAGUUGUAUCCAAUCAGUGGUUCCACGAGUGUAUGUCUGAAGUUGGACUGGGAGACCCGGUUGAAGAUAGCUUUGGAGGCAGCAAAAGGAUUGGAAUAUCUCCAUGAACAUGUCAAUCCGCCUGUUAUACAUAGAGAUUUUAAAAGCAGCAACAUUCUUUUGGACAAAAAUUUCCACGCCAAAGUUUCCGACUUUGGAUUGGCCAAACUUGGAUCUGAUAAAGCGGGUGGACAUGUUUCCACUCGAGUGUUGGGCACCCAAGGAUACGUUGCACCCGAAUAUGCGUUAACCGGGCACCUGACCACGAAAUCAGAUGUGUAUAGCUACGGAGUUGUCCUGCUGGAGUUAUUGACUGGCAGGGUUCCGGUUGAUAUGAAGCGGCCUCCAGGGGAAGGUGUUCUUGUAUCCUGGGCUUUGCCCCGCCUAACUGACAGAGAAAAGGUUGUAGAGAUUAUGGAUCCCGCGCUGGAGGGGCAGUACUCGAUGAAAGAGGUCAUUCAGGUUGCUGCUAUCGCUGCAAUGUGCGUACAGCCGGAAGCCGACUAUAGGCCUCUCAUGGCCGACGUGGUGCAGUCAUUGGUUCCGCUAGUGAAACAGAACCGACCGGGUUCUAAGGCGGGCGGCUGCUCUAGCUUCCACGCUUCACAGUCUCCCAAGAUGUAACGCCAUACGGGUGCAAGUGGACGAGGUAUGUCCCACCAUUGCCGGGGAAAAAGAAAUUAGGGUUUUGUAGCAGAAGGUUUUUGAAUGGCAGAGCCCUAUAAUCUUGUUUGUAGUGUAGAUGAUGCUGAGAACCUUGUAGGAAUGGUGUUUUAUUUUGUUGUAAUUUUAGUUAACUGGACUACCACUUUAAUUUACGGGAAAGCCUGUAGCCAC